CGCAAUUCGCAUGUCCUGGUAGGCUUUGGAAACUCGUUGAUCGCAUUCACUCGUUCGACUGUUGGGGAAAUGCCGUGUGCUGUAAUAUAAUGUCCCAGAAUUGUUAUAUCAGUGUCGUCGAUAUACACUGCCACAAAAUUGAGAUCGCCGAGGAUGUUGUUCAUGUGCCGCUGAAACUUUUGCGAUGCAUUCCGGAGAGCAAAUGUCAUCACAUUAAACUCGAAGAGCCCGAACGGUGUGAUGAUUGUGGUCUUUUCUUGAUCCUUCGGCGCGAGUGGAAUCUGAUGAUAGACGCGGGCCAAAUCGAUGGUGGAGAAGACCUGGAUGCAACCGCGUUGACCGUGUGGUGUCCCUACUCCCAGGUCCAGUCGGCCAUUAGCGCGAUAUUAUCGGUAAUCGCCACUACAAGUCGCAAGCCCUUGGUCAACCUCUCCCAGGAUAUGGCUUUCAAGGCGACCUCCCCGAUGCCGCCCCUAGCCAGUUCGCGCAUACGGCGCAGCAAUAAAGACGGCUUGCUGCCCCGAGCUCCAACGACCUGAACAAUUGCGCAAACUGCGCCUGAUUUGAAGCGGCGGAUUCCGCUAAAUGUACAUUAUUGUCUCCAAGUAUUCUGCCGUAUGUUCAGUGCAGUAUUUUCAGCGUUUGGUGAAACUUGGUGUCGUCCACCGUAAUGCGGAGGCUUUGCGAACUGUGACUCCAGCAGGGUGAAGAAAACGGCUGGGUGCCCUUUAAAUUGCGGAGGAGCCCUCAACGACACUCGGCUGAUCUCAACUGAUGUCUGCUCGAUGCCAUCCGGUUUGGUUGAGAUCGAUGGGAGCGAAGCGGACAAGUCCGGAGCAAACGCGACGGGUUGCUGGAGUGCAGUCGGUGCAAAAUAUUGAGGUUGGAUUACACCAUGCGGUUGCAGUGGUAGUUGGGACGCUGACUGCUGUGGGGUUUGGCGAGGCGUCUGCUGCGGCAAUUGAACGGGCGCCUGUUGUGGUGGCCCUUGUAGUAUCUGCUGGGGUGACUCCUGCCUCGAGCCGGCGACCUAAUAAUCGCUGUGAUCAACCAUGUUUUCUUAUACAGACAGUAGCA